UUUUGUCUUUUCUUUCCCAGAACCUCUCACUAUUAAGAACUGGCCAGAACUAAGCUAUAUGCUACCUCUAGCUGCAGGGAAGUUUGGGAAAACAAGUAUUUAGAUGGCUAUGUUGCCUCCCCAAAUAUCCCCAGCUUCUCUUAGAAAAGAAGAAGGAAGGAAUGGAUAUUGAGUAGCACACGUCACAUGGAGAUGGUCGGCAAGAAGUGACCUCUCGCACCGGGCGCUCUGGAGCUCGGUGUAGAAACUCUAUAGCUUCCUGUGCAGACGAACAGCCUCACAUCGGAAACUACAGACUGUUGAAAACAAUCGGCAAAGGGAAUUUUGCAAAAGUGAAAUUGGCAAGACACAUCCUUACAGGCAGAGAGGACACAUUGAGAAAGCGGCCGUGUGCAAGCCAUGAGGACCAUCCUCACCAGGAACUGAUCACGCUGGCACCCUGAGCUCAGCGUCCCAGCUUCCCAGACUGUGGGAAAUACAUUUCCACUGGCAGGUGGACAUGGGUCAAGACACCCUUCUUUAUGGGUAACCUUGUUGGCAGUUCCCACCACUGUUAAGCCACACAAGCCUUCCACUCUUCACCCAGAAUGUCAGCACCAACUUCUGUGCCACACGCUUUUCAUAAAAGGUUGCAAUAAAAAUAAUUGACAAAACUCAGUUGAAUCCAACAAGUCUACAAAAGCAGGCUAACAAUUCGGGCCAUUAAGAAAAGUGGUUAUUAGCCCUGAAUAUUAUUGACAAUCUGGCAUCUGUAUUGGGAUCAGUGUGAUGGAUCUGGUACACUGAUAGAAACAGAGUGUGCUCUUCAGAGAAGUAAGAAUAAUGAAGAUUUUAAAUCAUCCAAACAUAGUGAAGUUAUUUGAAGUCAUCGAAACGGACAAAACACUCUACCUAAUCAUGGAGUAUGCAAGUGGAGGUGAAGUGUUUGACUAUUUGGUUGCACAUGGAAGAAUGAAGGAAAAAGAAGCAAGAGCUAAAUUUAGACAGAUAGUGUCUGCGGUCCAGUACUGCCACCAAAAGCGGAUCGUUCACAGAGACCUCAAGGCUGAAAAUCUAUUGUUAGAUGCUGAUAUGAACAUUAAAAUAGCUGACUUUGGUUUUAGCAAUGAAUUUACUGUUGGCAGUAAACUGGAUACGUUUUGUGGGAGCCCUCCAUAUGCAGCCCCAGAGCUCUUCCAGGGCAAGAAAUACGACGGGCCGGAAGUGGACGUGUGGAGCCUCGGCGUCAUUCUGUACACGCUGGUCAGCGGGUCGCUCCCCUUCGAUGGACAGAACCUAAAGGAACUGAGAGAGCGAGUAUUAAGAGGGAAGUACAGAAUCCCUUUCUACAUGUCUACAGACUGUGAAAACCUUCUCAAACGUUUCCUGGUGCUAAAUCCAGUAAAACGGGGCACUCUGGAGCAAAUCAUGAAGGACAGAUGGAUCAAUGCAGGGCACGAGGAGGACGAACUGAAACCAUUUGUUGAACCAGAACUCGACAUCUCAGACCAGAAAAGAAUAGAUAUUAUGGUAGGAAUGGGAUAUUCACAAGAAGAAAUUCAAGAAUCUCUUAGUAAAAUGAAAUAUGAUGAAAUCACAGCUACAUAUUUGUUGUUGGGGAGAAAAUCUUCAGAGCUCGAUGCUAGUGACUCCAGUUCUAGCAGCAAUCUCUCACUUGCUAAGGUUCGGCCGAGCAGUGACCUCAACAACAGCACUGGCCAGUCUCCUCACCACAAAGUGCAGCGAAGUGUUUCCUCAAGCCAGAAGCAGAGGCGGUACAGUGACCAUGCUGGACCAGCCAUCCCUUCCGUUGUGGCAUAUCCAAAAAGGAGUCAGACCAGCACUGCAGAUGGUGACCUCAAAGCAGACGGCGCUCCCUCCAGGAGGGCAGGCGGCGGUGCAGGCGGAGGCAAGGGAAUGGCUCCAGCCAGUCCCAUGCUUGGGAAUGCGAGCAAUCCCAACAAGGCGGACAUUCCUGAACGCAAGACAAGCUCCACUGUCCCCAAUAGUAAUACAGCAUCUGGCGGAAUGACACGGCGAAAUACUUACGUUUGCAGUGAAAGAACUACAGCUGACAGACAUUCAGUAAUUCAGAAUGGCAAAGAAAGCAGCACUGUUCCUGACCAGAGAGCCCCAGGUGCUUCCACACACAGCAUCAGCAGCGCGGCCACCCCGGAUCGCGUCCGCUUCCCCAGGGGCACUGCCAGUCGCAGCACGUUCCACGGCCAGCCCCGCGAGCGGCGGACUGCCACCUAUAACGGCCCGCCCGCCUCGCCCAGCCUGUCCCACGAAGCCACGCCAUUGUCACAGGCUCGAAGCCGAGGCUCCGCUAAUCUUUUCAGUAAAUUAACCUCAAAACUCACAAGGAGAAACAUGUCAUUCAGGUUUAUCAAAAGGCUUCCGACCGAAUAUGAGAGGAACGGGAGAUAUGAGGGCUCCAGUCGCAACGUCUCUGCUGAGCAAAAGGAUGAAAACAAAGAAGCAAAACCUCGCUCCCUGCGCUUCACCUGGAGCAUGAAAACCACUAGUUCCAUGGACCCCAGCGACAUGAUGCGGGAGAUCCGCAAAGUGCUGGACGCCAACAACUGCGACUACGAGCAGAGAGAGCGCUUCCUCCUCUUCUGUGUCCACGGCGACGGGCACGCGGAGAGCCUCGUGCAGUGGGAGAUGGAGGUGUGCAAGCUGCCAAGACUGUCUCUGAACGGGGUGCGGUUCAAGCGGAUAUCAGGGACGUCCAUCGCUUUCAAAAACAUUGCUUCCAAGAUUGCCAAUGAGCUAAAGCUGUAACCGGGAACGAUGGUGUAAUAGAGCAGCGGCCUGAAGUUCCUGGGCGCUGGUGGAAAUGUAUAGAAUAAUAUUUAGGCAAUAACGUCUGCAUCUUCUAAAUCAUGGUAUUAAACUAUAAGGACGAGAGCACGCCUGGGAGCGAAAGCUGGCCUCUUUUCUACGAAUGCACUACAUUAAAGCUGUGUGACACGUGUGCCCUCUGUCUUCUUUCCAUUGCCCUGAGGGUCAGCGUGUGACCUCCAUCUCCACGUGCCUCCUGUGGGUGCGAGUGGGCCGCGCGUGCGGGGGGUGCGUACGGAGCAUCUCCCUGCCUGGCCGCCCGUCCCAGCAGCUCUGUGGGAGGUCAUUGGUGCUACAGCUGUUACACUUGCCAAGGAGGAAAUACUGAACUACUAAGAAUUAACCUUAAGACUAGUUGGUAAUUAGUACAGGUUUACAGUUCAUGCCUGUGGUUUUGUGUUUGUUGUUCGUGUGUUUUUUAGUGCAAAAGGUUUAAAUUUAUAGUUGUGAACUUUGCUUGUGUGUUUUUCUAAGUAGAUUCACAAGAUAAUUAAACAUUCACUUUUUCUCAGUAAAA